AUGGUAGGUUCUUUACCUCCAGAAAUUGUAAAUCUAAAGGCUGCGACACUUAUAGAUCUGUCAAUGAAUCAAUUCUCAAAUGGAAUUCCUACAGUAAUUGGAGGCUUGAAAAAUCUGGCAAACCUUUCUUUUGAGACACAACAAGUUACUAGGAGCUAUACCUGGCUCAAUGAGCAACAUGGUAUAGAAGAGGUAAAAGUGCGCCUCAGCAAGCUGAGUCAUUGUCUCGUAACACGAGAAAGAAUUUCAUACUCUGAACUGCUCCAAGCAACGGAUGACCUUAGUGAGAGUAAUCUGAUUGGUUUUGGAAGUUUUGGUUCUGUUUACAAAGGUGUUCUCAGAAGUGGAACUGCCAUUGCAGUUAAAGUGUUCAACCCGCAACUGGAUACGGAAUGUGAAGUUUUGCGUAGCCUUCGCCAUAGGAAUCUCGUAAAAGUCAUUACUAGUUUUUCGAAUCUUGAUUUUAAGGCUUUAGUUCUUGAUUAUAUGCCUAAUGGGAGUCUUGAGUUGUAUUUGUAUUCGCACAACUACUUCCUCGACAUCAAGCAGAGACUAGGCAUAAUGAUAGAUGUGGCAUGUGCUUUGGAAUAUCUUCACCAUGGGUGCUCGUUGCCUGUGAUUCACUGUGACAUGAAGCCUAGUAACGUCUUGCUGGAUGAAUAUAUGGUUGCCCACCUCAGCGACUUUGGCAUUUCAAAACUGCUUGGUGAAGAUCAGGGUGAUUUGUACACUAAAACCUUAGCAAUAUUCGGGUAUAUUGCACCAGAGUAUGGACUGGAAGGACUAGUGUCAACAAAGUGUGACGUCUAUAGUUAUGGGGUCAUGUUGCUGGAAUCUGGGUGA